AGAUAAAAUCAAGUACUGCGACGUACAGGGUCUGCAAUGCUUAACAGAUUACUUUGUGCAAAAGGCUUUGAGAAGCAAGGACUGGUUUGCGAUUGUGUGCCAUCUUGCUUUGAACCGGAGUACAAUGUUGUUUCUUUGACAAAAGAGUCGUCAGCAAUGCCCAGUAAAAUCAGUGUUGGUAUCCAAUCACUACCGACAGCAAGGUUUAGAAGAAUUGUCUUGAAAUCCAAACUAGAUUUAGUAGUAUCUAUUGGAGGAACUGCAGGCCUUUUUAUAGGCGCAUCUCUAUUAAGCAUUGUUGAGUUGGUGUACUUACUAUUUUUUGGUAAUAAACAAUGA